AUGUUAGUUUAUUUUUUAAUUAAUUUUCUUGUCCCUCUUCGCCUGCUUUCAGCCGUCCAGGAGGAACGCCAACACCAGUUGGCCACCUCGGCCAAUUCGACGGCCGUAACUAGCUCUAGCUUAAACACCUCUGUUUCUGCUCCUACCGGCAGUUCGGUCGACACAACCAAGCUCAUUGGUCCUAGACAUAUUGUCAACCGGGGGCCUAUAGAACGUUCUUCUUCUACCUCGUCAUCUUCCUCUUCUCCUUCUUCCUCCUCUUCUACAUCAGCUCCUUCUACCAGUCCCGUGUCUGUGUCGGCUGGAGGCUCUAGUGUCUCUCCAACCCGCUCCACCUCUCAGCCCAACGUCUUCCCCCAUCCAGCCGCAGUAGGCGGCCCUAGCCUACCAAACGGCAUUUUGUCCAGAAGUGCACUUUCAUCCUCCACUCCUGGACCCCCCAUCACCAUUGCUCCUACUUGUUUCACUCCCAUAUCUUCCCCUGCUUCUACUACACUCUCCUCUGUGGCUUCAGUGUCUUCAGAUGCGGCUGUCUCAGAUUCUGUCCCUCACAUUCUACGAAUUACGCCUUGCUACAAAACUUCAGAUUGUUCCUCUUCUUCUUCCUCGUCGUCUUCUUGUGCUUCACAAUUAUCUUCAAAUGCUUCCUUUGUGAACAUCUCCGCUCAGUCAUCAACUACCCCUACCAGCAUCACUGUGGCCCUCAGGACACCAAAUAUUUCUGAGUCCACAAAGAUGAUGCCAGUUACUCGAGUGAUUAAUCAGCCUAACUGGAGCUUGCCUCAGGACCAAUUGCCUAACAUCAGUCCAAGAUAUGCAUAUUCUUCCUCUUUCAAUUGUCCUAUUUCGAGUCCCGUGGUAGGUGAGGAGAAAGAGGAGGAGGAGCCUGAUUGUCUUAUGGCAUUAUUAAUGCGAAUUCGGGAUGCAGAACUACACUGGCUGACCCAGAUCUCCAGACCUCUUGCUUUGCCGCCUCGUCUUAAUCAGUUUCAAUCUGGUUUCAAGGACUCAAAUACAGCCUCAUCUGGAGCGAAUACUUCACUUCGGCCCCAUUCUUGUAAUGAGUCUGGCUCUUAUAAAUCCGAAGCUCAGACUCUACCGCAGACGCCAACUCUUUCAACAGGGCCAAAUCUGCCCUCUUCCUUCCGUCACCUAAAACGGCACUAUCUCUGCCUUCUUCAUGAGUUGGUCGUCUGGGCUAGAGCACUUCCAUGGUUCUCGGACUUAUCAAACCAUGAUCAACUUAUUCUGCUUCAGUCAGGUUGGAUCGAGCUUCUUCUGGCUCAAUUGGCCUAUCGUUUGUCACUUGACACCUCUGAGCCUGGCUCUCUGACAGCUUCUAGUUCUGCUGUAUCGAAUAUUGUGCGACCUGGCUAUUUCAGCCUGCUCGGCUCUGAAAUCGGUAUGGCGACAAAUGCGCCAGAGCGCCGAUUGCUGCUUUCCCUUUUGGCUGUUGAUGAGGCUGAUUUGGUCGCUUUGCUGCGUCAUAAUCGUCGACUACAUUUACGACUAAAGCGACCACUGCCUCAUCUACGACAAGAUGGUAAAACGGUCAACAUACUUUCAUCCUUAACUUCCAAGUCAACUUUGAAGCCGGAACUGGAAUGCCGUGUGGGUGGUGGGGAAAAUGAGAACAAAAUGACCAUUUCAAAUAUGGUUGGGGAAAGCAAGCAUGCCUGUUGGUCAGAGAAGAGGAAAUCAGACGAGGUUUCCAUGAAGCUAGCGAAACGGACCCCAGAGUGCGGUUCCGGAGAUGCUUUGGCUGACCGAUCCACUUUUUCGCCUUCAAGAUCCCUCUCCAGAUCACGAUCCCGAUCUCCGCCUGCUGCCAACAGAGAUCAACACCAUUUUCCAUACAGGCAACAGCUGGAGGCUAGUGAAAGUCGCCAAAAUUUCGAUGACCAAGUAACUCCUCAGCGUUUAAUGGCAUGUCUUCUGAGUGGCGGGGAGCCUGGUGAAGCUGAGUUUCCUCUUCCCGUAGGUUCGACUGCUCAUCCUCAGCUAGGCAGUAAGUUUAAUUGGCCAAGAUUUCAGUCCGAUGUUGUUGUUUCCACCACAACCACUACCAGUAGUGGCAGCUGUUUGCCGAGUGGCCAAUCAUCUUAUACUUCUGGAGUCACUUCUCUGCCCUCUGAGUCCACCUGCUCUGAGGGAUCCAGCCCUUCUCUUAAAAAUCCGCCCUCUUCAUCAGUCGAUCUCUUCCAGCCCUGUCCGUUGAUGCGACUUAUUCAGCAACAUCAUCAACAAUCCAGUCUAGUCAGCCGGUCAGUUGCUCCUUGCGAACCUCUUUCUGGCCAGUCCUCGCCUCGAGGACCGCUUUGUACUGCCUCAUCUUGUGACAGAAGACCCGCAGUCCAACUGGAACAGCCUCAACGGCAGCCUAACUCCUUGGCGGGAUCGGCGAUAGCCAGUUCACGAUAUGAGGCCUCAGGCACCAUUGAGUCGGACAAGUGGACAGCAUUACAGGCUGCUUUUGAUCAAUUUAUGACAGAUGUAGCCACCAAAUUGUACGAUCUUCGCGUGGACGCCACUGAGAUUGGCUGCAUCCGUGUGAUUGUGCUGCUAAAUCCUGGUGAGGGUAGAGGAAGUUAA